GAGCACAUAAUAUUACUCGCAGUUUUAUAUAAAAGUGUGGCUGCGCUAUUUCGCAGCAUUUGAUCUCGGAGUCUUGUCGCGACCCCAUCGGAGGGCGAAAGAGCCGGUCAACUGAAAAGUGCGCGAAAAGUGACACGCAAUUUUUUCUCUUUUCGAAAUUCGAUUUUUGAAAUAGUGCGAUGGCAGUUACCAGUGCGCGGGCCAUUGUGGGGAUCAAGGAGAAGGGGCAUUUCGAACAUGAAGAUGCGAGGAUCGAGAAAUAUACGCUGGCCGACGAGCUGCCAGAGAAGCUCUCGGAGCUGCGCCUUCGUCCCCUGAGCUUGGACAAACGCCCCCUAGGUUUGGACCAACGCCCCCUGGGUAUGGACCAGCGCCCCCUAAGCAAGGACAAGCGGCCGGGAUAUACCGUCCGGAGACUCGGGCCUCAGGACAAGGAACAGACCCUACAGUUCUUGAGGAGGUUUUUCUUCCGCGACGAGCCCAUGAACCAGGCGAUCCAGCUGCUGGAGACCCCCGACUCCAGGUGUGAGGAGCUGGAGGACUACGCCGCAGCCACCCUGGAUGAGGAGGUGUCCUUUGCCGUGGUAGACGACCAGGGGGAGUUCGCCGGGGUCAUCAUUAAUGGAAUCGUGAGAAGAGAGGACGCGCUAGCAGCCGCCGCCGUCGACAAAUCAUCAGAAUGCCCCGACCCCAAGUUCCGUCGCAUCCUAUCCGUGCUAGGGCACCUGGAGCGCGCGGCGCGGGUGUGGGAGCAGCUGGCCGGCGCCCCCGUGCUGGAGGUGCGCAUCGCCUCCACGCACUCCGCGUGGCGCGGACGAGGACUGAUGAGGGUGCUGUGUGAGGAGACUGAACGCCUGGCCAAGCAGCUGGGGUGCGGCGCUCUGCGAAUGGACGCGACAUCAGCAUUCUCCGCGGCGGCGGCGGAGCGGCUCGGGUACCGCUGUGUGUACAGAGUCAAGUACACCGACCUGCCCGAGGCUCCGGUCCCGGACCCCCCGCACACGGAGGCGCGGGUCUACUUGAAGGAGAUUUAAG